AUGGAAGGUAUUUAUCUACCAGAACCUACAACUGAAAUUUGGGAACAAUCUGCGAAAGGGUUUAGAGAAAAGUGGCAAUUUCCAAAUUGCAUAGGUGCUAUUGAUGGAAAACAUGUUACAAUUAAAUGCCCCAAUAGAACAGGUUCAAAUUAUUUUUGUUAUUUGAACAAAUUUUCAAUAGUAUUAAUGGCUAUUGUCGAUCCAUACUACAAAUUUAUCUGUGUAGACAUCGGUGGUUUUGGAAAAAAUAGUGAUGGCGGAAUUUUUGAGGCCUCUAACAUAGGUCAAAGGUUUGAAGCAAAUCUUAUUAAUGUUCCGUAUCAUACACCAUUACCAGGGCAAAAUGAACCUUGUUCUCAUGUUUUGAUUGGAGAUGAAGCGUUUGCCCUUAAACCUUAUCUUAUGAGACCUUUUCCAUAUCGGCAAUCAAAACUUUGUCCUCGUAAGGAAAAUUACAACGUUCGGUUAUGUAGAGCACGAAGGGUUGUAGAAAAUGCUUUUGGGAUACUAUCCCAGAAAUGGAGGAUAUUUUUGAAACCAAUUACAACUAGUUGA